GGAGGACGCCAAGCAGCUGAGAGACCGGUGUGCCUCAAAAUCGAAUUCUUGGAAUUCCCCAUCGCACGGGGUCGGGAGCCCAUCACCGCAGAACAGAACAUCCACUCACUCAUCCCAGCAACGAGCCGCCCCCUCACCUCAGCAGAAGCAACAGGCACGGCAGAGCACAGCAGACACCUCAUUCCAUCCCGAGCCAUUCAUUUCAUUCAACCACUGCCCUCAAGUGCCCCGAUCUCAACAACUCGCCGCACUCGGGCAAAGAUUGCCUGCCGGAGCUGCAUCCGCUGAGGAGCACGGAUCACCUACUUGAAGAAACACCACGACACCACCAGCUCCAGCUCCAGCUCCAGCUCCAGUUCGUCACAGGAAGCUUGCAGAACUUGCAGAUCUACGGCUCCCCCUCUCACUAGCAAACGCUCAUCACUAACCUCUCGGCCCGGUCAGAAAGCUACCUGUCCGUUGUCCCGCAGCGUUCAAUCCACCGUUGUGCAUUGCUAUUGCGUACUGUAACCGAUCAAGAGCCCUCGGCCCGCUCAUUCGUGCCUGAUAGUGAGUGGAAGGGGACGGGGCCAACAACACAACACAGCUCACCUCACCCUCGACACGUCACUUCCUGUUCCCAGAGUCUCAAUCAAUAAUGACCGGUCGCCCAUAGCCUUCAACUCCCUUACUCUCACGGGCCGGCUCACUUCAACUCCCCGCACUCCCAAGGAUCCAGGGUCUCCUGCUGGCAGGGACUGGGAGGACCGCAGACGGGUUCCAUCUUCAUCACUGGCCGCCACCCCCCAACCCCUAACGAUCUGCGACUAUGCUGUGGUAUUUUCUCUACCCCUUCCGAGGGACGACGGAUACCCCCAAGCUCGCACCAGAACAUCCACUGCGGGUUGCCUUCCAACUUUAUGCAAAAUGGGCUGCAAGCCAUGUCAAGAUUGUCCUGCCGUCUUCGACGGCCUUGAUUUUCAUGUUUUUGUAUAUUUUCCCCUUCCUCUACACCACCGAUGUCACCAACAUCACCAGCGGCGUGUCCAACCUCCCACACCAUGUGUGGACUGACGCUCAGCCUCUUGAGUUGGACAUUGAGCCUGAUGUGAUAAUGCGCUCAAUUUGGGUCCACGGGAGCUAUAUGAAGGCUCUCGAGAAAGAUGUCUUACUGGGCGCACUCGAACUUCAGGAUGAGCUUUUGGGACCGACCACCAACUUCAACCCCCGCCAACCAGCAAACAGGCCCGAGAUAUCCGAGCCCGAAGUCGCCGAUGGUGACCUGACUCCCCGCCAGCGAGAUGCCUAUCAUAUCAUUAACGGCCUUACCAACCAGUCGUGGUUCUUUCACUCGCCACUCCAGUAUUGGGCCGGCUCAGCAGGUAAUAUCCAAAACGACCAGGACAUUCUCGAGACGGUCAAUGCCAGGAAAACUCAGUCGACGUCUGUCAAUGUCACCCUGCGACACUCGAUUGUGUUCAGCGGCAAGCGGUUCGAAGAGCGCCGUCUCGUCGCUGCCGACGCCCUGGUCAUCACUCUGAUUCACCUCCGGGACUCGCCGGUUGGCCGACUAUGGGUGAGAAGAGCUGAGGAGCUGGCUAAUGAGCGCAGCGAUACGUGGAAAAUCAUCCCUUCGGACGGCAGGAGCCUUUCGGAUCAGCUGUACGAGUUUCAGUUUCGACCCUUGUCGUGGCCUGAUGUGGGACUUUUGACGGUGGCCUAUUCCAUCUCGCUGUUCUACCUGUUGCUUCAUCUCAGGAAGCUUCGCGCCCUCAAAUCCAGGCUAGGGCUCAUGGUCUCGAUACUCGUUCAGAUCACCGCGUCCAUCGUGUCAAGCUUCACGGUUUGCGCCAUAUUCAAGAUUGAUCUUUCUCGGGUACCUUCGUACGCCUACCCGCUGGUGGUUCUUGCCAUCAGUCUGGAGAACUCGUUGCGGCUGAUUAACGCCGUCAUUAUGACGUCCUCCACCAUCAGCAACAGUGACAGGAUAGGGGAGGCCUUCGGAGAGACAGCACACAUCGCCAUCGCCAACCGAGUGCAAAACCUGCUGAUAUUGUUGGGUUUAUCACGGUAUUCGAACCCGGGUGUCGCCGCCUUUUGCACCUUUGUUGCGAUUGCGACCGUGUUUGACUUCAUCUACCUGUCAACAUUUUUGCUGUCUGUCCUCAGCGUCGAUGUCAGGCAAAGGGAACUGCUCGAGUUGGAGAAGGCCUUCUUGUCGCGCACCAAGUCUUCCGAAAAAGACAAAAACAAGUCAGCCUGGACGGAACUGGUCAGCCAACUCCGUGUUGGCGAAACCGCAGUGUCGACGAGGAUUGCCGGAACCAUUGUCGUCAUCUGCUUUGUGCUCACGGCACAGUCUCACUAUGCGACAGAAGGCAACCGACAGUGGCUGAGCCAACUCUUCAGCUUGCCAUGGAACAGGACCGUUAGAAGCGCUCCGAAGCCGUCGUUGCUGAUUGAUAUUCACCAGGCCAGAAGCCCGACCUCAUGGCUCCGCCUUCAAGACCACGAGACAGCUCGGGAAGUCAUCAACGUCGUCAAGCCCUGGGCUCACAGCUACGUGGCUCGCGUGUACGAUCCCAUCAUUUUCGUCUUGAAGGGCUCCGACCGCGUCCCUCGCACCCGAGAGCCCAUGUUUCUACCUGCCGUGUACGACUUUUUGCAUCACGAAGUGCCCAAUUUCGUCGUGUUAUUAAUGCUAGUGUUUGCGGCUAUACUGUUGGGUACAAAGUAUCUUCUCCGGGACGAGUAUGAAGAUUUGGGGUCGGAGCAUCCGGACGAUGAGCCGUUGAUUUCUGUCAAGUCUUUGACCAAGGGCCACAAGCUGGAUGUUGUCAUGAUGGCUGCGUCACCGGGUGGUUCGCUGGUGUCGGUUGGUCUUGAUCGCGCCAUUCAGGUUUGGGACGUGCCGAUAGGGUCCGGGCACAGGGUCGCCUCGGAUCACGAAUGCCCUUUGGAGAAUCCUUUCCCGGUGCUGAGCAUGGCCAUCGACUAUGGGUCCAAAUGGUUGGCUUUGGUGUCAUGGCAAAGGGUGUUUUUGUGGAAUCUGGAGGAACAGCAGUGGGCCGGGACGAGAGACAUUGACUUGGGCGGACAUAAGCCAGAAGCGUUGUUUUUCUGCCACAAAAGGGCGGGUACAACGCCGACGUUGGUGCUGGUGAGGAGGAACGGAAUGGGACUAGAGAUGGAACUGGAAGUCGACGAGUCGAGAGAUUUCACCAUCUGCAAAACACCACUCGUCUGGGCGGUACAGUUUCCAGAUAAAUCUCACUCAUUCAACAAUAACCACCACCCACCAAUAGCCAUCCUCACAGCCUCUCGCAAGAGCUGCGUUCACCUGGUUAGGCAGCAGGGGAACGAAUGGGUCUCGACCGAAGUCAACUUUGGCGAGCGAGAAGCCAGGGACGUCCACUGCGUCCUUCCCAUCCCGGCCUUGUCUGCGUAUUUGAUCGGGCGGUCUCGAUCAGUCGACCUCGUGGAUCUCGAGUCGUCCACCAUCCUUCGCACCUUUUCGACCGAGGUCAUGCAACCGCGGACGUUGAAGCACAUACCGCAGAUGAGGGUUCAUCAGCCAAAUCUCACGUCACUUACUUUAUCAUACGUGAGCACAGAAACGGGGGAUCUAGUCAUCCAAACUUAUCUCCCAGAAAAGGAAGACGAUAAUCUUGUAUCGUACAGCCCUUCAGAUCCGAGAAGCAGCGGCCACAGAUGGCUGGGGGAGCUCACGGAGAGGAAGAGAAGGAUUUCCAAUCCGGGCGUGUGGGAGGCUCUUCCGGGUGGGAAUAUUCUUGGGGUUAGAAGGAAGCAAAGCCCGCCGACGACGAACCGACCACGGUCGCUCUCCAACAAUAACACGGGUGGGAUGAUGAUGCGGAAGAGACGAGGGGUGGUGGGAAGUCAGCAGCAGCAGCAGCAGCAGCAGCAGCAGCAGCAGCAAGCUGCCAAUGGCGGCCACCAUCAUAAUUCGCCAGAAACGACGAGGUGGGAGGCGUGGGUGAUGAAUCAUCCGGAAAGUACAUGCGGAUUUGAGACGAGGCUGUUGGAUGAGGAAGACGGGCUGCUGAAUGAUCAGCAGCAGCUCAUGAUUUCGGAGGUUGGGCCGAUGGUCAAGUUUGGCAACAUGAGCGUUGCUGUUGCGCUGGGGAAUGUGGUCAAGGUUGUCAGCGUGGGACAUGAGCAUUUUGAUGUGGGGUGGGGGAUGGGUAUGGGGGGUUGGGGGUGGGAUGAUGAUGAUGAUGGAUUCGAAGAUGGGUUUGGCGAGUAG